AUGAAAUGGAAACCUCAUGGUAAAUCAUGUCGGCUAUGGAAGCGGUAUUGACAUAAAUCAAUACUUUUUAUUACUGUAAUAUUUCAAACACACAAGAAACUAAAUCAAAGCCAUGAGUGAAACGAAGACUGAGACAAAUUGGGGCACAAGACAGAUAUAUUUAAUGGAGAUGAUGAGCCAGACGCUCGGCGUGAACACGAUGCUGUACCUGCCCAGCACGUCCGCGACGUGGGGAGCCGCCGGGCACGCCAUCGUGCUCUUCGUCAUCUACAUAUCCGUCGGCAUCCCUCUCCUAUACAUGGAGGCCGUGGUCGGCCAGUUCACCGGCCGCGACUGCCUCGAAGUGUGGAAUGCCCGCGCUUGGCUCUCACACAUCGGAUAUUUCCACAUAUUCUGGCAAGUUCUGUACUUGAUAUAUCUUCACACCCUCAACUCUUUUAUUAUGCACUACCUACUCAUCAGUUUUGAAACUCCUAUGCCUUACUACGCCUGCGGACACUGGAGCAUGCCUGACUGUGACAUUUUAAAUCACAACUACAGCGUUAACCAAGACUGCUUAAAGUUACAGCAGCCCUUGCCUUAUUGUAAGAAUUUGUGUAAUUCGUUUCCCGAGGUUCAGUACUGGAGAUUUUUUGUCUUAGGACUUAAUAAGGAGGGAUAUUCCAUAACAUGGCGAGUAGGUCUUGCCUCGACUAUCCUUUCUGUCAUCACUUUUUUUAGUUGUCUUAGAGGGAGGCAAUCCAUGAAGUGGAUAUUGAUCUUCGUCACCAUAUUUCCUAUGGCUGCGCGCGUUGUUUUUAUGAUUGGUUCUUUGCUUCAAAAAGGAUUAGUAGUCAAGUUUGAGGAAGCUGUUGAUGCUGAUUUUAGUUUAUUUGUCGAGAAGUUUAGCUUGACGAACUCUAUAUCGGAGGUGAUGUACAGUCUAAAGGUGGGCACGGGGCUGACGUUCGGCUGCUCGUCCCGCACCUCGUUCCGCGCGCCGUGCUACUCCAACACGGUGCUCGUCGUGGUCGUGUCCGCGCUCGUGCUCGUACUCGGCGUCUGUUCCACUGCCAUGAUGAUCUGUCCGUAUGCCUUCAAAUUCGACAUAAAGCCGACCACCGUUAUGGCCUACCCUUUAGCUAAUAUUUUUGAGAAAAUUCCAAGAUUUAUACAUGUGUACGAGGCGACUUCUUUUUGGCUUAUUAUAUGCUUUGCGUUCAUAGGAGUAUCAGCGUUAGGGUUGAGUAUCAAUAUCGUAUUAAGUUUGACAGCAAUAGUGGCAAAGCGGCAUUUGAAGUUAUCAAAAUAUCCCGGCCUGAUUUCUUUUCUUUUUAUUUUUUCAGUAUACAUAUUGACUACUCCACUACUUGGAAGUUCGGUGUACUUUCUAGUUGACCUUAAACGUCAUGGUAAUAUGAUAAUGCUCUUUUUAGCAAUGAUUGAAAACAUAGUAUUCGUUCAGUGGUACGGACUCGAAAGGUUCUCUGAAGACGUACACUUCAUGCAGGGAGUGCCGCCGAGGUCUAGUAUAAAGUUCAGUUGGUUCGUAUUGAUCGUUGUUCUUGUGUACGUGUUUUUUUCCCAGUUUAUUAUAAUGUUCAACGAACGGAACACUUCUUUAAGUUCUCAAGUAGGAUGCUGGAUGAUAAUAGUAAUUGUCGGACUAGGCCUGAUUGUGACUGUCGUUAAAUUAAUAAUCGGCGUUUAUAAGAAGAAAAUUCGUGAUUUGGUUAGGUUAGACUCUACUUGGGGUCCUAAAACAGAGAUUUUGAAGCGCAGUAGAGCCAUGUUUACUGCACAGGCGAUGACUAAGGAGUAUAUGUACAGGCAGUACCACCUGCAGGCAGGAAUCCUUAUGAGGCAGAAGAGAUCUAAUGUGAGGAUAUGUCAGCGACCAGGUAAUUUGCGAAUACCAUGAUUUUUUAAAUGAAUAUUAAUUAAAAUUAGCAAAAUAUAAUAUUGUUUUAUAUUCAAAGUUACAUUGUACUAUGAGAGGGUUUUUUUACUCAGUUGAGUCACUCUAUCUUUUAAUGUAUGGCUAUUAUUGUAGAACAAGUAUUGAGUAUUGCGUAAUACUCUAAGAUCGGAGUGAGUCAUCACCAAAAAUAUUUAAAUAUGUUCGUGUACCAAAUUGUAUAAAAUAAAUUAUUACUUUUAUAUGUAUAUAUAAUUAAUUUAUUCCUACGGCCAUAUACAGUGACUCAUUGAUUUUGUAUCUACAAUAGCCAAAACCACAAUGAAUAUUAUGUAAAAAAAUAUACAAACUCUUUUGUAACCUUUGACCCUUAACCUUCUGUUGUAUGUAAUUGAAUAAAGUAUAGUUAAUUGUCACAAU